AUGGUUUUCCUUAAGAGUUUAGUGUUAAGGAAAAGUGAUACUAGCGUAAUUUCUUAUAGUUCUAAACCCCAUGUGUAUUCCCACGUAGUUCCUAAAUCAGUCAAGGACAACCAUCACCGCAACGAUGUCAUCAAUGUGGACAACCAAACUGGCGCAACCAGAACUACCACUAAAACCGAGUUCUAUGCGCGUAAUUUGAGCAUUAUAAUUAAUCAAAGUGAUAGUGGUGACAUUACAAAGGAAAGUGUGACGAAUUUUGCGACUACGAAAGUCAACAGUACGAUUUUCGAGGCGGUCAAACGAGGGAAGGUAGCGAAUAAGAACAGGACCAGCGAUGAAAAAAGGGAGAGAUUAAAGAGCAUCCACUUGUCCAUGCCAUCGGCGCAUGCACAGGAUACAGAUUCAUCAAGAGGUAUUGGAGAAGAACAUAAAGAUGAAAACACCAAAAUUUUGUCCAAGCUGGAUGAUGUGGAGCAGAAUAUGAAGGAAAAUCAACUUCGAGUGUAUGGUGUUCCCGAAAAUACUGCUAAUGUCAAUGAGCACCUCAAAGGCAUCUUUGACACGAAAUUGGAGUUGAAAAACAUUCACAUUGAGUAUUCCUACAGGAUUGGGAAAAGUAGUAACGAAACGAUAAAGCCUAGACCUGUUCUUGUCAAAUUUGGAAAUACUUUUGACAGGAAUCAGGUAUUUUUCAACAAAAAGAAGUUCAAAAAUUCUAGCAUCUCAGUUACAGAGGAGCUUACCAAGAAAAGAUACGAAUUACUUAUUUUUACUAAAGGAAAAUUAGGAAAGGAGAAAGUUUGGACCGUAGGAGGUAAGUCUAUCCAAGAAACAUUCAACUGCAAUAACUUUCAUCUGAAUCGAAGAUAUGGCGGUAAUACGGAGCAAUUUUGUCUUGAGGUUGCUGUGGUGGAUACACUAAAGUCAUCCAGCCUAAUUGAUCUUGAAGAUUCAGAUGAAGAUGAAUUCGAAACCAAUGGGUCGGUUUUGAACGAUGAGUUUCAACUUCACUCAAAACUUCAACUCAAAAAACCAAGGACUCAAGGAAAACAGAAGGACAACUCAUCAGAAAAAACGGUCAUCGUUGACGAGCACCCUGCUGCCUCACCGCCUCCCAAUCUACGUGAAGUACCACCCUCCUGGAUCGUCGCGGCGUUGGCAGCAGCAGCGUUGGCAGGCGUCGUUCUCGGCCUGGCCUCGUGUCUGCUGCUGCGCCCAUUGUGUCCAACAGAGCGGCAGGACGUACCCGGUACUCCCCACAACGAUCCAGUGUCCUCCAACUUCGAUUCAUCCGCAGUCACUCCCAAGAAAAUCCUGAUAACUCCGGAAAACUGGUUGAUUAACCUUAACACAACAACAAUACCACCUUCCAGUAAGGAAUUACUAGCCUUGGAACCAUCAUUUGCUUUGCCUUAUAACACUAAAGACUUUCCAAUGUUCCAACUCAUCAAGGAUACUGAAUAUUGCAUCCAGAACCUACCAGAAGACACAGAUAAGGACUGUAUAAGACCAAUAUUAUUAGUAAUCAUUACAACAGCUUAA